AGGGUGCGUCACAGUACGUUAAACACCGAGAAUUUCUGAAGUAGCCUAACUUGAAAAUGAAGAAUGGGACAAAUCGACCGGUUGAAGGUGGUGCCUCCGGACGUGGUCGAUAGUCUUUGGCAGGUUUCGGGCCCUUUCUGUUUGACCCCGGGGUAGAGACAUGGCCUACAGGAAGGUGCACGCUGGCCUGCGGGGGGCGCUGCACUCUCAGGACCUGGAGAGCGAUGAGCUGCAGGCCGCUGUGGAGCUGGAGUGGGACAUGGAGAAGGAGCUGGAGGAGCCCGGGAUGGACAGGUUCCAGCUGGAGGACGGGGAGCAGCACUCCGUGGGGAACUCGUCCCGGGUGGCGGAUUUGGACCUGGAGCCCAUCGAGCCCUCCACGUCCCCCCACGGCCGGUUCGAGCGCCUGCAGGAGGACCCGGACUACGUGUCCCACUUCACCCGCCCCCCCCCCGAAGAGCCCGCUCCGGCCCGGCUGCUCGCUCACCUGCUACGUCCUGCUGGGCGUCGCCCUCUUCGUCCUGGGCCUCCUCAUUGGCCGCUUCGCCCACAGACCCGCCCCCCCGACGCCAGCCCCGCCCCCGGACACCGACCUCUUCCAAAAGAUCGUGCAGGACAUCAGUGCGGAGAAGAUCAGGGCCACAGUGAGGGACUUGAAUGCUCUUUCCCUGGAAGAUGGGGGGUUUUCCCAGGCCAAGUUCCUCCUCCACCACUGGACAGAGCUGGGGCUGACGGACGUUCAGCUGACCAAUUACAGCGUGCUGCUCAGCCAGGCUGGCUCCGCCCCCAGCACCAUCACCGACCGGGCCAGCGGAAAGUGCUUCCUGCCCAACAGGAAGCCGUGUGAUGGCGGGAACCGUAGCCCCGCCUCCGAGGAUCAGCUGUCCUCCUUCGCUGCCUACUCCGCUGUGGGCACCCUGGAGGCCGAGGUGGUCGAUGUGCAGUACGGGACUGUGAAAGACCUGAUCCGAGCCAACACAACGACCAGCGCCACCAAAAGAAUUGCACUGUUGAAACUAGGACAGGCGCCUCUUCUGUACACGCUCUCCCUCCUGACUGAAGCUGGGUUUUUGGGGGUGCUCCCCUAUGUGGACCCCUGUGAUCUCCCUGACAGGCCGGGCUUGUGGGAUCAGUCCUUCGGCAUCAGCCUGAACCCCGGAGGGGACCCCUCCACCCCCGGGUACCCCAGUAUCGCUGGAAGCUUCCGGCAGCACCGGGCCAACCUGACGUCCCUGCUGGUCCAGCCCAUAUCCGCCUCUCUGGCCCAAGAGCUCCUCUCCGCCCCCACCAGGCAGGGGGGGUCCUGUGUUCCUCUCGCCACAGCUCAGACUGCAGAGAGAAAGACCAUUGUUCUCUCCAUUGGAACCCAAGCCGCAUACAGAACAGUCUACAAUGUGAUUGGCUACCUGAAAGGAGCAACCAAUCCAGAUCGGUACGUGCUGGUGGGCGGUCGCCAUGACGGCUGGCGCUCGGCGACGGCGUUGGAGUGGAGCGGUGGCAUCGCCGUUAUGACCCAGAUCAUCGCCUCCCUCACCGCCCACGCCCGGCAAGGCUGGCAGCCGGACCGUACCACUGCAUUCUGCUCCUGGGGGGGGUCCGCUUUCGGCCAAAUCGGCUCCUUCGAGUGGGGGGAGGAGAACGGGGUGGUGCUGCAGAGCAAGGCCGUGGCCUACGUCAGUCUGCACCGUCCCGUCCGAGGCAGGGGACCCCUGCGCCCCACCGCCUCCCCCUCCCUGCUGCAGCUGGCCUCCGACAUCCACAAGAAGCUGUCCCUGAACUGCACGCGGGACGGAGGGGGCGGAGCCUGCUCCGGCGCGAACGUCAGCUCUGUUCAGCCCCCCGGGGAUGUGCGCUUCUUCGCCGACCGCCUGGCCGUCCCCACGCUGGAGUUCGCGCUGGCGGAAACCGCAGCCGGAGAGAAAACAAGCUUUCUGUCCGAGGCCUUUUUACCUGCUAAUUCAUCUGCUGUCGAGAGUCUGGAUCCCACUUUCAAACUCCACGAGAUUGUUGCAAAGAUGACGGCGGGGGCCGUUCUGCGACUCAGCACUGACCCCGUUCUGCCGUUCCUGCCCCUGGACAUCGCCCUGGACGUGCAGAACAAGCUGAGAGGUGACAGGCGGGGCCUAGGUGAGCUGGUGGCUCAGGCAGCUGCACUGCGGGACAGCGCCACCUUCCUGCAGUCGGAGGUGAUGCGUCCCGCUAACGACCCCAAGGAGAGGGACCCCCCGCACCUGCGCAUGCUCAACGACGUGCUCCGCGACCUGGAGAAGAGCUUCAUCGCCCCCGACGCCCCCCCGGGCCUGUACAGGAACCUGCUGUACUGCCUGAACGAGGACGCCGCGGAGUUCUCCAUCCUGAGGGACGUCCGCGAGGACAGACUCAACGCGUCUCUGUCGCGGGUUCUGACCGCCAUAAACGGGGCCCGCGGGCUCGUCAGGAGCGGGCUGGACCUCUUUGAGAACGACCCCAAUCGGACAAACUGACAGGACGGCCCAGCCACUCCGGCGAGGCUGUAUGAGGCGUGCGACCUUCCCACGUCGCCAAAUCACCUUCCCCAAACAGCCCAGCGACCUUCCCGCACCUCUCGAUGACUUUUCCCAAACAGCCCAGCGAACUUCCCGCACCUCCCGAUGGCCUUCCCCAAACAGCCCAGCGACCUUCCCGUGUCUCCCAAUGACCUUUCCCAUAACCCCUGGUGACCUUCCCGCACCUCCCGAUGACCUUCCCCAAACAGCCCAGCGACCUUCCCGCACCUCCCGAUGACCUUUCCCAAACAGCCCAGCGACCUUCCCGCACCUCCCGAUGACCUUUCCCAAACAGCCCAGCGACCUUCCCACACCUCCCGAUGACUUUUCCCAAACAGCCCAGCGACCUUCCCGCACCUCCCGAUGACUUUUCCCAUACCCCCUGGUGACCUUCCCGCACCUCCCGAUGACUUUUCCCAAACGGCCCAGUGAAGACCACUGUCCCCCGCAGCAGAGGAGAGCUCCUGGAGGGGAGGAAGAUGAGCGAUCGCAGACCGGAGAGCAUCACCCGCUGCUGCUGACUGUCUGAGGCGUCGUUUCAGGGUGCGGGACUCAGAGUCCAUUUUCUUUCUUUCUUUUUCUUUAUUUGUUUUUUUAAAUAGACGCGGCCGCUGCGUCUCGCUUUCUUUCGUUGUCACGGAAGCAGCCGAGCGAUGCUCCUUCGCCGUGGCGACUCUCCUCCAAGGGUAAGGACGGCCGCGGCAGAAAGGCCGAAGGUCGCGGCUGGAAAAUAAACGCGCAGCAGCAGAGCGCUACGAGGAGCGUGUGCAGUACUACUGAGUCUACAGAUCAGGGGCCUGGCAGGAUGGAGCCCACUGUCAUUACCCUGAGCGUAGCAUAGCAUAGCAUAACAUGGCAUAGUAUAGCAUAGCGUAGCAUAGCUUAGCAUAGUAUAGUAUAGUAUAGUAUGGCAUUGUAUUGCAUAGCAUAGUGUAUUUUCUGGUCUAGCUUAGCUAGCCUCUGCACUGGAUUGGUCAAUGUGCAACUGUAGGGUACGCUUAGCUGCGUCUGAGUCUGUGCACAGCGCGGAUGACCAGGGUUGUGGGGGCCGGGGGGCUGGGCGGGGCGGUUGUGAGGGCGUUUGCCUUAACGUGUCUGAUAUAACCGAUUUUCACAGGCCAUUGACUGCCAUGCAGAGCAGGUCCUUAACUGGUCUGAUAGGGAAGCGCACUCACACACAAAUCUGUUUCCUGCACAUCUAAUCUGCAUAUUCUAUUAUUCACAUGCAUUCUGGUGGGAUAGAAACACUGCCGCAGAUAGUCUUUGAGCAAACUGUCUCUAAUCCACUAAUCCAGUUACUGUAUUAGCUUUGCUGUACAGUGUGAAAUUAACGCAUUUCUCUUUGCAUUGUGGGGUUAUUGGUGCUGUUCCAGAAUUCACAGAACAGUGAGAGGAUUCCAGGAAUCAUCCUUUGUUAUUGAGGGACGAGGUGUUUAACUUGAACUAUUAAAAACUGAUAGAAACGGCCAUUCUGAACACGUUAUUUCAGGGAGAAACUAAUUUACACAAAGCUUUAAAAACGAUGAUCGUGCCUUGAGGAGAAAGUCUGUGCGCUGUAAGCCUGGAAUUGUCCUGGUAAAAGCCUGUUACUGAUGUUUUUUUCUGUGUGAAUUUCCACCAGCAGAAUGAAAGAAAGCUCAAGAUGUUUUUGUGGUUUGAUUGUUGUUACUUAUGUACAGGUCCCCUCAGUUCCCAGUGAUGUGCAUAUUUCUGAAAUUACGAUACCCAGGACGAAUGCUGUAUUUUUUAAUAGCACCUUAAAAAAACGUAAAAUUCGCGGACAGAUCUUUUGUCCCAGUCUGAAGACUCCUCAGGAAGCUCAUUAGAUCUCCGACUGCUCCGCUCUCUCAAAACUGUUUUUCUCCUCCCAUUCUCUCGACUAAUUCGCUGUUUUCAUAGUAUGCUGUUGUAAGCGCUACCUGGCUGAACGUUGAUGAAUUCAUAUGCGACUGCAGCAUCCACGAUUAGCAAUGGAUUUAAAUUAGCUCAAUGACAUUAAGAAAUAUCCUUGAGGUUGAAAUUUUUCAGCAUAUGAAUUGACGUGUGAUUUUUUAAUUUUUUUUUUAAACGUUACCUGUAAUUCUCCUGCUGAGGCUGGGGGUUAAUGCACCUUGCUGCAGGCUGCUGUAGCCGCUGAUUAGUCACAAGUGAGCACGUCUGACUGCAUCUUUUCAGAUAUCGCUAGCAGGCUACACCAAAUAACCCUGAUAUUACUAAUGAACCUACAUCAUUAUGGCAUAUCUUUGCUGUUUUAGCCAGCUGAAAUAUGAAUUUUUUUAUUAGAGGAUGAGUUCACCAGCAGGAGCUUUUAAUGAAGUCAGGUCAACGCUGUGGUGUAAGAAAAAUGUGACAUUUCUCCAGGUUGUCCUGAAACAUCAGUAUGCAGCGAUGUCUGUGUCAUGAGUCAGCGGUGGUAUUCUACAGUACUCUGUUCACAGUGUGAUUGAAGAGGGGAUUACAGAUAUGUGAUGCUACGCUAAUCUCUGUUCCUCUCCCUCCACGUCACCUCUGAUCUCUUUUAUCAGUCCGGCCGACAGUGGCUGGUUUCCACUGCAGCCCGUCAGUACUCAAUUCAUGUUUACUAGUGACAGAAUAUCCUUAUUAAACAAGGAAAUAAAUACUGAAUCAAAAAUACUCAUUCACAGUCUCAAAAUAAAAUGUAAAAUAUAAAAGAUAUUAUUUAUAUUAGGUAAGCUCUAAUGAUUAGACUACUGUAAUACAAUAAGAAAAUAGCAUUUAAAAUGAAAUAUCUAAACGCAUAAAGCAGGUCAAAAAAGGCGUAGCAGACCAAUAAAAUAAUGUGUGGCUCCUCAUUAAUGUCAGUGCUGUCAUUACAUUGCCUUACAUUACAUUACUUCCAGUUAAUAUAGAUAAUAUAGGUCUUAUUGUUUAGUUUAGUACCCCCCCCCCCC